ACAGAACCCGGAGCGGGCCGGUGGAGUCCGGGACACUCUGCGGGUACAGCAGCGCCGCCGGGACACCUGAACGCGAAACAGAACCGCAGAUAUAGCGCCAUGCAGCGGCUCCUGCUCGUCUUGCGUACAGCGUGCCUGCGGGGGACUGGAGAUGAGAUGCGUCCCUGGGCCAUUCUGCCUAUUCUCCAGAGCUCAGGGUUUACCUGGAGCAGACAGGUGAAACUCUUCAGUCCUGGGGAAGGAAGGUUUCUCGGCCUCAGCCCAUAAAUCAUGCCUCACACAGCCUCCCAACAUUCAGACCCUCGGGCCGGGUCCACCGCUACCCCCACCCCCGCUUUUAACAGCACGACCACUGCCCCCCCAGGCUUUCUGACGCAGCUGCUCAACAGGAUCCCCCUGCCGCUGUGGGCCAUUUACGCCAUCUUGGCUCUGACCCUCCUGCUGUUCCUGGCCUGCGUCGUGUGCAUCUGCGUGAAGUGCUGCUGCAAGGACAAGAAGAAGAGGAAACAGAAGAAGAAGAAUGUGGACCGGGCGAUGAGCUUGAUUGAUGUGAACGGCUCCUCUGGCACCGAGCUGGUCCAGCCUGAGGUGGAGGACUCCUCUGACGAGCCCAAAGGAAGGCUGCUCUACUCACUGGAGUACAGUCCACACAGCUCAGAGGUCACGGUGGGGGUGAUGGAAGCGGCCGGGUUAAAGGCGGUGGCCCAGGAGGGCACGUUAGACCCUUAUGUCAGACUCUGCAUCCUGCCCAACAACACCAAGACCUUCGAGACCAAAGUGUUCAGGAGCACACUGAACCCAGCCUUCAACGAGCAUUUCACAUUCAAGAUUGCUCAGUCGGAGCUCAGCCGGUCCACCCUGGUGCUGCAGGUGUUCGACUUCAACAGGUUCACCAAGCACGACAUCAUCGGCGAGCUGCGGCUGCAGCUGGGCGCGGUCGACUGGAAUCACGUGAUCGAGGAGUGGGGGGAUUUGAGCGAGGCGUCCGACAUCGAGGAGAGCUUUGGAGAAAUCUGCUUUUCCCUGCGCUACGUCCCCGCAGCGAAGAAACUGCGCGUGGGGAUCCUGGAGGCCAGGAACCUGAAGAAGAUGGACCUGGGGGGCAUGGCAGAUCCCUAUGUGAAAGUGCAGCUGAUCCUGGGAAGGAAGAAGUGGAAGAAGAAGAAGACGUCAGUGAAGAAGAAAACGCUGAAUCCCUACUUCAACGAAAUGUUUUCCUUCGACGUGUCAUUUGACCAGAUUCAGCGGGUCCAGCUGGUGGUGGCCGUGUGGGACCACGACAAGAUGAGCCGCAACGACGCCAUGGGGAAGGUGCUGCUGGGGUGCGGGGCGACGGGGAACCAGCUGCGCCACUGGGCGGACAUGCUCUCGAACCCACGCCGACCCGUGGCUCAGUGGCACACCCUGCUGUCCGCCGAGCAGGUGGACUCCAGCCUGCAGCUCAGACGCUCCAUCCACAUCCCGCUCAUCGACAAAACCUUCUGAGCUCAAACCCCCCCCAUCCACAUCCCGCUCAUAAACAAAACCUUCUGAGCUCAGACGCUGCGUCCACAUCCAGCUCAUCAACAAAACCUUCUGAGCUCAGACGCCCCAUCCACAUCCCGCUCAUCAACAAAACCUUCUGAGCUCUCAAACGCUGCGUCCACAUCCAGCUCAUCAGCAAAACCUUCUGAGCUCAAACGCUCCCCGUCCACAUCCCGCUCAUAAACAAAACCUUCUGAGCUCUCAAACGCUGCGUCCACAUCCCGCUCAUCGACAAAACCUUCUGAGCUCAAACCCCCCCCAUCCACAUCCCGCUCAUCAGCAAAACCUUCUGAGCUCAAACGCUUUGUACACAUGAUGCUUUCAAUGGUACAAAUGGCUCCAAUUAGGGUUUAGGGCUCAAACU